AUGGAGUCAUCAAGAGGGCCCCCGAGGGUCAAGAACAAGGCGGCCGCGCCUGUCCAGAUCAGCGCCGAGCAGCUUCUCCGAGAAGCUGUCGACCGACAAGAAGUCGGGAUCCAGGCGCCGACCCAGCGGUUCGCCGAUCUGGAAGAGCUUCACGAGUUCCAGGGCAGGAAACGCAAGGAGUUUGAGGACUAUGUGCGGCGCAAUCGGCUCAACCUCAACAACUGGAUGCGAUAUGCGCAGUGGGAGCUCGAGCAGAAGGAGUUUGCGCGCGCACGCUCCAUCUUUGAGCGCGCCCUCGACGCCCACCCCAACAAUGUCCAGCUCUGGACCCGAUACGUCGAGGCCGAGAUGAAGUCGAGGAACAUCAACCAUGCCCGGAACCUGCUCGACCGCGCCGUGUCGCGGCUGCCGCGAGUCGACAAGCUCUGGUACAAGUACGUCUACAUGGAGGAGAUGCUGGGCAACGUCCCCGGAACACGCCAGGUCUUUGAUCGCUGGAUGCAGUGGCGACCGGACGAGGCGGCGUGGAGCGCAUACAUCAAGCUGGAGAAGCGGUACGGCGAGUUCGACCGGGCACGCGAGAUCUUCAAGAUCUUUACCAUUGUCCAUCCCGAGCCCCGGAACUGGAUCAAGUGGGCCAAGUUUGAGGAGGAGUUCGGCACCAGCGACCAGGUGCGCGAGGUGUUUGGAGAGGCAGUCGAGUCACUGGGCGACGAGUUCGUUGAUGAGAAGCUAUUCAUUGCGUAUGCUCGAUUUGAGGCCAAGCUGAAGGAGUACGAGCGCGCUCGUGCGAUCUACAAGUAUGCCCUCGACCGGCUACCACGAUCCAAGUCGGCAAUCCUUCACAAGGCAUACACCACUUUUGAGAAGCAAUUUGGCGACAAGGACGGCGUGGAAGAUGUCGUCUUGUCAAAGAGGAGGGUGCACUACGAGGAGCUCAUCAAGGAGAACCCCAAGAAUUACGACGCUUGGUUCGACUACGCAAAACUGGAGGAGUCUUCGCAGGACGUGGACCGGAUCCGGGAUGUUUACGAAAGGGCCGUGGCUCAGGUGCCGCCAACACAGGAGAAGCGACACUGGAGACGAUACAUUUACCUAUGGAUCUUCUACGCCAUAUGGGAAGAGAUGGAAGGCCAGGAUAUCGAGAGGACGCGGCAGAUCUACAAGACUUGUCUGAAGCUGAUCCCGCACAAGAAGUUCACAUUCGCCAAGAUAUGGCUCCUGGCGGCGCAGUUUGAGAUCCGACAGGGCGAGCUCACGGCGGCGAGGAAGCUGCUUGGCAACGCCAUCGGCAUGUGCCCCAAGGACAAGAUCUUUGACGGCUACGUGGACCUGGAGCGCAAGCUGUUCGAGUUUGUGAGAUGCCGCACGCUGUAUGAGAAGCAUAUCGAGUACAACCCGGCCAACUGCCAGACAUGGAUCAAGUUUGCCGAGCUGGAGCGUGGCCUGGACGACCUGGACCGCACGCGCGCCAUCUUUGAGCUCGCGGUGCAGCAGCCGCAGCUGGACAUGCCGGAGCUGCUGUGGAAGGCGUACAUCGACUUUGAGGAGGAGGAGGGCGAGUACGAGCGCACACGAGAGCUGUACGAACGACUGCUGGAGAAGACGGACCACGUCAAGGUUUGGAUCAGCUACGCGCACUUUGAGAUCAACAUUCCCGAAGACGAAGAGGAAGAGGGCGACGAGGAGCAGCCCGUCAGCGAAGAGGCCAAGGCGAGGGCUCGCAAGGUGUUUGAGCGUGCGCACAAGAGCAUGCGCGAGCAGGACCUCAAGGAAGAACGCGUAUCGCUCCUCAACGCCUGGCUAUCUUUUGAGCGAACGCACGGGUCGGCCGAGGACAUUGAGGCUGUACAGAAACAGAUGCCUCGCAAGACGAAGCGCCGGAGGAAGCUCGACGACGACUCGUGGGAGGAGUACAUCGACUAUGUGUUCCCUGCCGACGACCAGCAGGCGGCCAACCUGUCGAAUAUCAUGGCCAUGGCGCAAAAGUGGAAGCAGCAGCAGUCAGGAGAGGGCGCAUAA